AUGUCAGCGGCAGACUAUUACAACAGCGGCUCCAAAGGCAGCAAGACACAUUCCUCCUACCACGCACCACAACAGCCCCAAUACACCGGCGCCCCGCCGGCCUACCAGCAGUACCCAGCAGGCCAGCAGCCUCAAGAAGGCGAAAAGGGCUUCCUCGCCACUGCACUGGGCGGCGCGGCCGGCGGUGCUGCGGCGCACCACUAUGGCAAGUCAAGCAAGCUCAAGACCGCCCUCGGCGCGGUCGGCGGCGCAGUCGCCCUGAACGUCAUUGAGCACAAGCUCAAGGGUCGUCACGGACACCAACAGGAUCAUCACCAGCACCACCACGGCGGCCACCAUGGACAUCACCAGGGCGGCUCGGCGGGACUGCUCGGCGGCCUGGUCACCAGCACCACGGCGGUGCGCUCUCGUUUGGUGGGCACCAACAUCAUCACCACCACCAGCCUCAACCUUCCUUUGGAGGCUUUGGGGGUGGUCAUCAUGGCCAUCACGGGCACCACCAUGGGCAUCAUGGACACCACGGAGGAGGCUUCGGCGGAUGGUAAAUCCUAG